AGCCAGCUGGGUGCUCGCAGUGCGGAGUGCGCGGUGCAUGCUGGGAGCGGCGCUGGACAGAGGCAGAGCCGGGCACAGGGGGGACAUGCUGCACCCCACACCUGUAUAGGGGACACCCUGACACUGCUGGAGUUCACUGCUGUUGACUGCAAGAUGGCUCUUCGGUCAGGACUGAUGGAGUUCUUUGUCGGGACGUUGAUCUUCCUGUUGGUGCAGUCCAGCAUCAGUGCUGCCAAGCAAGAGCCGUGCUUGACUUGCAUGAACUUGGUCAACAAUUUCAUUAAGGGCAUCGAGAAGACAGCUGGACAUAACUUCGGUGGAGGCAACACAGCCUGGGAGGAGGAAAAGCUAGCCAAGUAUGAAAUCAGUGAGACGCGUCUGGUGGAGGUGAUGGAAAGCGCUUGUGAUAAUUCCGACUUUGACUGUAACAAAAUGCUGGAGCAGAAUGAGGAGCAUUUGGAGAAUUGGUGGUUCAAGAGGCCGAAAGAUCACAGUGACCUCUUUGAGUGGCUUUGCAUGGAAACCCUGAAGUUGUGUUGUCCACCAGGCACCUUCGGCACAAACUGUACACCUUGCCCGGGGGGCACCGAGAAACCCUGCGGCGGUCACGGCAAAUGCGAUGGCUCGGGGACGAGAUCCGGCGCAGGAACUUGCGACUGUUACCCUUCCUACGGUGGCCCGCUGUGUCAGGACUGCGCUAUCAGUUAUUUCGAGCAAUCCCGAAACGAGAGCCACCUGGUAUGUUCGGAGUGCUACAAGGCGUGCAGCAAGUGUCUGGGCCCGGGGGGAGAUCAGUGCCUCUUGUGCAAGAAGGGCUGGAUGCUGCAUGAAAUGAAAUGCAUUGAUGUUGAUGAAUGUGGCACUUUGGAUCGCUGUAAAUCAAACCAGUUUUGUGUGAAUACAGAAGGGUCCUAUGAAUGUCGAGAGUGUGACAAAGCCUGCAUUGGUUGCAUGGGAUCUGGUUCUGCUCGAUGUAAGAAGUGUAACGCCGGGUACUACCGGGAUGGGGCCCGAUGUCUGGACGUCGAUGAGUGCGACACCGAGCUACCCAAGUGCAAAGGCUCAUAUGAAGAGUGUGUGAACACGGAGGGCAGCUACAACUGUGUGUGCGAGAAGGGUUACUCCAGAGUAAAUGGCAUGUGCCGAUCCACUGAUCAAGGUAGGAAUGAUUCUGAGAAAGGCUUUUUUGAUGACAUCACAGACGACGAGGUGGUGGUCCUGCAGCAGAUGUUCUUCGGAGUUGUGAUCUGUGCUCUAGCCACUCUGGCAGCCAAGGGAGACAUGGUCUUUACCGCUAUCUUCAUCGGGGCAGUGGCCGCCAUGGCCGGAUACUGGUUCUCGGAAAGAAGCGACCGGGUCCUGGACGGGUUCCUGAAAGGCAGAUAGCUUCUCAGCGAUGGGGAUACAGACGUGUGACGGAGGGAAUAUUGUGUACAGUGCUGUUCCUUUGCUUUACAAGUGGGCACCAAAGAGUUUGUAUCAACCCUGCUGUGAAGCAGAGAAUGCUUAUCAAGUCUUUAAACCAGGCUGAUCUUAGGAUAAGCAGCAACCCAAAUUAGGUCCUCCUUUUAGUUUAAA